ACCUCAAGCUUUUGCUAAAAUCAAACUAACACAGACCUCUUCCCCACCGGAUGCGCCGCCUGAGCAGACCUGGGUGCCCCUGCCCCGCCCCUACGGGAUCCGCGGCCCGGGCCGCUGGGGCAGAGCUGGAGCGACACAGAGCAAGUUUGAGCCCUGAGGUCUGCCAUAGUUGGGGGAGGAGCCAGGCAGCAGGAAUUGAAACCCACCAGGUUGAAAUCGACCCUGUGUGCUGGUACCCAGGCGGACGGGACCAUGGAUGGGCUCCUGCUGGGAGCCGGGCUGCUCCUGGGCUCCUACGUCCUCAUUUACUAUAACUUCAUCAAAGCCGUGCCCUGUAUGAGCCCCAUAAACCUAAAAGGAAAGACGGCCGUGGUCACAGGUGGCAACACAGGCAUCGGGAAGAUGACGGCUCUGGAGCUGGCCCAGCGUGGGGCCCGGGUGGUGUUGGCUUGCCGAAGCAAGGAAAAGGGAGAGGCUGCUGUCUAUGACAUCCGAAAGGACAGUGGGAACAACGAGGUCAUCUUCAUGAUGCUGGAUCUGUCCAGCCUAACUUCUGUGCGUUCCUUUGCCACUGCCUUUCUGAGCUCAGAGCCAAGACUGGACCUCCUCAUCCACAAUGCAGGGAUCAGUUCCUGUGGCAAAGCUAAGGAAACCUUUAAUCUGAUCCUUCGGGUAAACCACGUGGGUCCUUUCCUGUUGACCCAUCUGCUGCUUCCCCGGCUGAAGGCCAAUGCCCCAAGCCGGGUGGUGGUAAUGGCAUCAGCAGCCCACCGCCGUGGGCACCUGGACUUCUUCCGCCUGGAUCGCCCAGUCUGUGGCUGGCAGCAAGAGCUACGGGCAUAUGCAGAUAGCAAGCUGGCCAACGUGCUGUUCGCUCGAGAGCUUGCCACUCAGCUUGAGGGCACUGGAGUCACCUGCUAUGCUGCCCACCCAGGUCCAGUGAACUCAGAGUUGUUUCUGCGCCAUGUGCCAGGCUGGCUGCAUUUGUUGUUAUCCCCCCUGGCAUGGCUGGUGCUGAGGACUCCAAGGGGUGGAGCACAGACACCCCUACACUGUGCCCUACAAGAAGGCAUUGAGCCACUCAGUGGUCGAUACUUUGCCAACUGCCACGUGGAAGAGGUUCCCACCUCAGCCCGUGAUGACCGGGCUGCCCGUCGGCUGUGGGAAGCCAGUGAAAAACUGGCUGGAUUGACUAAGGAGGGAACCCAGAACAACAGUCCGCAACUGGGGUCCCCACGUAGCCCGCUGGCCCAAGUUGCCACAGACCCAGCACCCUCUAGAUUCCGAAACCUCUAGAUUCCAUUGCCUUCUGAGGAGCAGAGCGCACCAUAUCUGUGUAGCAGUGGGUUGGGGGGCUAAGAGCCAGAAUCAUUUCACUCUACGAAGGGGCUCUUAGGCCUGCAGUAGCAGCCAUAAAAAGCUGUUAAGCUUCCCUCAUCUGUAGAAGGAGCAGGUUGGAUGAAAGGACCUCAAGGGUCCCUUCCUGACCCAAAUCUGGGUCAUCCACCUACACAGCUCACAGCCCCUCUGCAAGCUAGCUGAUUAUCCCUGAGAACAACUCACGGCCCCCUGCUCCCCCAUUACACACCCUCACACACACACACAUGCAUGCAUAUGCAUACACUCACAUGCACACACAUAUACAUUCCCAUACAUACACAUAUGCACAUACGUACACACACACAACACACACAUACAUUCACAUACACACACACACAAUCGCUUGGCAGCCAGCCUAGAGAUGACUAGAGUUGAACUGGGCUAGUGCCACUCCUGACCCCUUCUGUCUCCAGGAGGCCUUCAGAGCCUUUUCAGACUUUUCAGAGCCUAGACUCUACUUUUUGUUAAGGGAGCAGAGCUUUAGUGGAAGAUGCCAGAAAGGAGGGUGGCAAUUUAGGUGUUUACUUAAGGGCUUGGGGUGGGGGGGAGAUAGAAAAUUAUUAUUAAUCCCUCUGGGGCUGGAGGUAAGGCGAGAUGAUAAUCGUCCCCUGGAGGCUUUGGGGACGGAGGUAAUUGUUGUGCUCUAGAGGUCCUGGGGAUGGAGGUGCCUGGAGGUGGCCAGUGUCCCCCAGGGGCCCUGGGGAUGGAGGUGCCUGGAGGUGGCCCUGCGGAUGGAGGUGAUGAAUGAUUUUUCACUUCCCUUCUUGAAGAAGGAGGAGCCGAGUGACUUUUAUCCCCUGGGAGGAGGGGGAGGAAGGGUUUCUGUUUUUGCGGGACCAGUAAAGCCUGAAUUUCCAUGA